AUGACAGUAAUUAUCAUAUAAACACACGCUCUCUAACUAUUUAAAUAUUAAUUCAUUUGAAGUAAAGAUGUCUUGCAAGCGAAAGACCCGCUUGUGGGUGCCACAAAUGGAUGCCUCAGACAUGAAGACAACCACGCAGAUCAUGCUGGAGUCAGGAUCGCGUCCUCAGCGCACUCUCUGCACCACCGAACACAAACUGGUCAACUUUCAGUCCUUCAACAUGGAUGAUCCACGCUAUGGUCCAAUGGAACCUGAGGAGGAAUUAGUGCAACCUUUGAGAUCUGGUUAUAUGCGAGAGUUCACUCAACCUUAUCCUUCGCGUUGCAAACCUCUCGAACCCAAGGGAGGAACUCCUGAUUUUAUGUUCAAUCGUUUGCCUAAGAAUGACUUUGAUCCAAAUACAGGCACCUAUUACAAAUUCCUCGACGAUCACAUGCACAUUAUUCCCGAGGUGCGCAAGAAAGUCAAUUUCUUCAGGCAAUUGCGCAAUCAAUCAUUUCUGCUUUAUUAAAAGCAGCCAAAUUGCAAAUUGUAAAGAGAAAAUAAUAAAUUGUUAUUGUUGA